AUGGCCGCCACUACCUCCGUCCCCACCCAGAACCAGGUCAUGGUCCCUGAGACCCUCCUGAAGAAGCGCAAGUCCCAGGAGGCUGCUCGCGCUGAGCGCCGCGCUGAGGCCGAGGAGAAGAAGAAGGCCAACAAGGAGAAGCGUGGUGUUAUCUUCAAGCGCGCUGAGUCCUACGUCAAGGAGUACCGCGAUGCUGAGCGUGAGAAGAUCCGCCUGGCCCGCGCUGCCCGCCAGGAGGGUAACUUCUACGUUGAUGACGAGCCCAAGCUGGUCUUCGUCGUCCGUAUCAAGGGUAUCAACAAGAUCGCCCCCAAGCCCCGCAAGAUCCUCCAGCUGCUCCGUCUGCUCCAGAUCAACAGCGGUUGCUUCAUCCGCCUGACCAAGGCCACCCAGGAGAUGUUGACCAUCGUCAACCCCUACAUUGCCUACGGUUACCCCAACCUGAAGUCCGUCCGUGAGCUUAUGUACAAGCGCGGUUACGGAAAGGUCAACAAGCAGCGCACUCCCCUGACCGACAACCAGCUUAUCGAGGAGCACCUCGGCAAGUACGGCAUUGUCUGCAUGGAGGAUUUGAUCCACGAGAUCUACACCGUUGGCCCCAACUUCAAGCAGGCCAACAACUUCCUGUGGCCCUUCAAGCUGUCCAACCCCAACGGCGGUUUCCACCAGCGCAAGUUCAAGCACUUCAUCGAGGGUGGUGACACCGGUAACCGUGAGGACAACAUCAACGCUCUAAUCCGCCAGAUGAACUAG